AUGGAAGAAACACCGAGAACUGGAGCCAAUUCUAGGUAUCGUGUCUCUUUUUCAAAGUCUACACUUACUGGUACAUACAAUGGAGUCUAUAAGACAGAGGUCAUUGUUUCCCAGUCUCAUGAAAUGGGGUAUACAGAUGGGCAUCUAGCAUUGCUGCAUGUUAGCAAUAAUUCAUUGAUUGCAGAUGAUUAUUAUGUGGGAUCUUUAAGGAAAUCGGAGAAGAUUUGUCUACAUGAAAAUGUGUGCUUGCGAAUCCAUUUUUGGGCAUUUUAUGUUAUUUUCUAUAAUGUUGGUGUGCACGUGUUGUUCUGCAUUUCUUCACCGCUUACUCAUCCAAUCCGAGUCGGAUUAGUUGUACGUCUUCUCCUCCCCUUUCUUCUCAUCCAGAAAUACCCACAAAGACGUUUGUUGCUACCGGGCCAGCAGACGACCUCCUCCACACAUGUGCUUAGCGGAAGAGGGAGAAGCAACAACACACGUCGGCUGCGACGUAGUCGAAGCUUGAAGAUAAUAGCAAAGCGGACAUACCGUCUGCCUCCUCCUCUAUUGCCUGAAAUCAUAUAUUUAAGAAACUAUAAGGCGGCUGUCAUCAUCGAAAAUUUAUCGCGCUACGACCUCUGUUCCACCGCUAUGAGCUCCAAUCACAAAAAUCCAGUCGUCGCCUUCGUCGCCAUAUGGUUUUCACUAAUUCCCUUAUCUCUUCCUCAUUAUUUUUACAGGAGCAAGAUUGUUAGUAAGUUGACUAAAUGGUCAUUGGCACUGUGUGUACUGAAUGACAGCUCUAGCUUUCAAAACAGGUUUACAAAACAUGCACACCAAACGUUUGAUGAUAUGCCUCAAAGAAAGUUUGACCCAAACUUGGAAUCAAAAAUCUUUUUGUCACCUAAAGUUCGCUACGAAUGCUCGGUCGUUGCUUUGUAUCACCUCCCUCCCCUGGGCCAUCAGGAAGAAGUAGAACAAAUUAAGAACAAUGCGUAUUGGGCUAAGGCUAUGAUGCGACUCACAUAUACAUCAGUAGGUUCUUUUGUGUCAAUAUCUAUAUUGUUCGUGGCCACGUGUUUUUCUGAUCCAGUCAAAUUCGGAUUUAUGUACAUGGUGACUGCACCCACCCUUUUCUAUCCAGUAUAUUCCACAAUCCCAGAAACCCACCGCCUGCAUCUCAAUCCUUCCUUAACCCUCUAUGUCGCCUGCUUAUCGCCAUCCACCUCCACCACCACCACCACCACCACCAUCGCCGCCGACAUCAUCGCAUCUCCUCUAUUAAAAUCUAGAAUUUCCAUCAACAAAUCCAAAGAGGCUGGUGAAAAGGAGCGACAUAAUUAUGUGUUACGAUGUCUGUCUUUCCCCUACAAACCAUAUGGGUAUGAGGUCCAUAAAAUGGUUAAUUGAAUGCAACUUUAGACCUACAUGGGAUGUUUAGGUGUUUUAACAUUUAGUGCAGGGGAAUGGCUUUCCAUUAAUUUUGAAGACAUUGUUAUGCCUUCUUUAAUUGCAGUAACCAGAAACCGAUAAGUUUCUUGCUAUAACUUGAGUAAAACACAAUUUUAUUGUUAACGUAUAUGCAAGAUUUAAUAAAAAAAGUGACAUUUUGUACUUAACUAUUCCAUACCUGAAUUUUUUUAUGUUAUAGGUUUGUUAAUUCAUUUAUGGUUGUUUUUUUUGCAUAUAUUUCAAUUGGAUUUUCUGCUAAUCAAUUUGUAU